GGCUCGGCGCGGCGGCGGAGCGGGGCUGGGCGGCCCCCGCCCGCGCACAGCCCCGGCGCCUCGCCAUGGUGCUGCCCGGGGAGCAGGCCCGGCUCUACCGGCCGCGGCCCGAGCUGCUGCCCGCGGCGCACGUCCCCUCGCUGGCCCACUACCAGCGCCUGUACCAGCGCUCCGUGGAGGAGCCGCACGAAUUUUGGGGGGACAUCGCUAAAGAGUUCUACUGGAAGCGUCAGCACACGGGACCCUUCCUGAAGUACAACUUCGAUGUCACCAAGGGGAAGAUCUUCAUCGAGUGGAUGAAAGGAGCGACCACCAACAUCUGCUACAACCUCCUGGACAGAAAUGUCAAUGAGAAGAAGCUCGGGGACAAAGUUGCUUUUUACUGGGAAGGGAAUGAACCCGGGGAUUCCACGAAAAUCACCUACCGUGAGCUGCUGCACAAAGUCAGCCAGUUUGCCAAUGUCCUCCGCAGCCAAGGGGUGAAAAAAGGAGACCGGGUUUCCAUCUACCUGCCAAUGAUCCUGGAGCUGGUCGUAGCCAUGCUGGCCUGUGCCAGGAUUGGAGCUCUGCACUCUGUUGUGUUUGCAGGUUUCUCUGCAGACUCCCUUUGUGAGCGGAUCCUGGACUGCGGUUGCUCUCUCCUCAUCACGGCAGAUGCCUUUUAUCGAGGGGACAAACUGGUCAACUUGAAGCAGAUUGCAGACGAAGCCGUCCGGAAAUGUAAAGACAAGGGAUCCUCUUUGAAAAAGUGCAUCGUGGUGAAGCACCUGGGCAGGGACGAGAUAGCAGUGGACGGGACCUGCAGCAAGUCUCCUCCUCUGAAAAGGCUGUGCCAGGAAGUGCAGGAAAAAAAGACUGAAAGCUCACAGAAACUCCAUCCCAAGACCCCCUGGGACCCAGCCAUGGACAUGUGGUGGCAUGAGCUGAUGCUUGGUGCCAGCACAGAGUGUGAGCCCGAGUGGUGCGACGCCGAGGACGAGCUCUUCAUCCUCUACACGAGCGGCUCCACUGGAAAACCCAAGGGUGUGCUGCACACCAUGGGUGGGUACAUGAUUUUUGCUGCCACCUCCUUUAAAUACGUGUUUGAUUACCAACCUGAGGAUGUGUACUGGUGCACGGCCGACAUUGGAUGGAUCACGGGCCAUUCCUACCUCACCUACGGCCCGCUGGCUAACGGGGCCACCAGCGUGUUGUUUGAAGGUGUUCCCACCUACCCAGAUGUUGGCAGGAUGUGGAGCAUCAUUGACAAGUACAAGGUGACCAAGUUCUACACGGCACCCACGGCCAUCCGGCUGCUGAUGAAGUACGGCGAGGAGCCCGUCAAAAAGCACAGCAGGAAGUCCCUGAAGGUGCUGGGGACCGUGGGUGAGCCCAUCAACCCCGAGGCCUGGCUGUGGUACUACCGUGUGGUGGGAGAGGAGAGGUGUCCCAUCGUGGACACCUUCUGGCAGACGGAGACGGGAGGCCACAUGCUGACGCCCCUUCCUGCUGCCACCCCCAUGAAGCCAGGCUCUGCAACAUUCCCCUUUUUUGGUGUGGUCCCUGCCAUCCUGAGUGAGUCGGGGGAAGAGCUGGAAGGAGAAGCAGAAGGUUACCUGGUGUUUAAGCAGCCCUGGCCGGGGAUCAUGCGCACGCUCUACGGGAAGCACCAGCAGUUUGAGACCGUUUACUUCAAGAAGUUCCCAGGGUACUACGUGACUGGCGAUGGUUGUAGAAGAGAUAAAGAUGGUUAUUACUGGAUCACAGGGCGAAUUGAUGACAUGCUGAAUGUUUCUGGCCACUUGCUGAGCACGGCGGAAGUGGAGUCAGCCCUGGUGGAGCACGCGGCGGUGGCCGAGGCUGCCGUGGUCAGCCACCCCCACUCCCUGAAGGGCGAGUGCCUCUACUGCUUUGUGACCCUGAGAGAGGGCCACGAGUUCACCAAGAACCUCACGGAUGAGCUGAAGAAACAAGUCAGAGAAAAAAUCGGGCCCAUAGCAACACCUGAUUACAUCCAGCACGCCCCCAGCCUGCCCAAAACCCGCUCAGGAAAGAUCACCAGACGGAUAUUAAGGAAAAUUGCCAAAAAUGACCAGGAUCUGGGGGACAUCUCCACCUUGGCAGACCCGGGCAUCAUCCAACACCUUUUCAACAGCAGAUGUGAAACGAAGCAGUAGCAGCAGGACCUGUCCCUGCUGAGCAGAACAGUGGCAGUGGCACCUGAUGAGCAGGUCCCUCCAACAGCCGCUGCCUGCCCGGGAAGGAAACCUUCACCUGUUGAAUUGAAUGUACCAAUCAUAGGAACGAGGAGAGUCUGGCUCUGGAGAGGCCGUGCCCGUGCCCUGGAUGAGGUGUCU